AAAACAUACGCACAUAAAUUGCACAAAUUAAAACAAGAAGCCAGCGGUGCCUAGCCAUCAAUUACCACGUUCACGUUAAGCCAACAAUCCAUGGAGGGCGCCACUACUGGUUCAUCAGGCAGCACGGCGGCGGAGGUGGAGAAGGCGAUGAAUGUUUUGGUGGCUAUCGACGACAGUGACGAGAGCUUCCACGCUCUUCAAUGGGUGCUCGACAAAAUCUUGAAACGCUCACCAGCAACUGAGGCGGCCGCACCGGAGUCCUCGAGGCCGGUGGUCACAAUCGUCCAUGUGGUGGAGUCGUUGGCGCGCUACGCCUUCCACGGCGGACACGUGGUGGAUUAUGGACGCAAGGAGCAAGAACAGAACGCCGCAAGAAUUCUGUCCCGUGCCUUCGAAAUCUGCCGGGAUAAAUUAUCGUUGAAUGCUAAAACGCUGAUUCUGGAGGGUGAUCCCAAAGACAAGAUUUGCCGGGCUGUAGAAGAGAUGGACAUCAAUCUUCUGGUUGUGGGCAGUCGUGGACUAGGUCAAAUCAAGAGGGCGUUUCUGGGGAGUGUGAGCGACUACUGCGCCCACCAUGCAAAAUGUCCAGUUUUGGUGGUGAAGCCGCCAAGAAAGCGCACUGAUUGAUGUAUCAUUAUCAUCAACCACUUCUGGGCCGGGAAUGCACAACUGGUCUAUAGUCGCAUCUUCACUGUGUAGAAAAAAUAAAUCAAGUCAUUGUAAAUAUUGAGCUCCUUGGGAAUUUGAUGAAGUUGGACUCCUUUUAUUUAA